CCAUUCAGUCGCUACAAGAGUGAGGUAGCUAUAUCAACAUCAUGGAGAAAGAGCAUAUUUUGUAGUAUGAGACCUGUAGAUGUCACAUUGUCCUCUCACUCAGUCGGGCGACAGAGAGGGGAUGUAAGCUACAGUUUAAUAGAGAGGUCGGAGAGAUUAGUUCAAGGGACAUGUGGGUCAUUGAGAACGGGCGAGGGCCAGAGCCUUGCUGGGGGAACAGACUGGACAGAGAACAGCAAGACCAGAAUAACCAUCCCACCAGGCUCCUGGCCCGGCCCAGACAUCCAGUCAACACCAUCACCUGGCAACAUGGCUCCUGCACAGCACUCCACCAGGACAGGGCACCUUGUUAUCUGUCCUUUGUCAGCAAGGCCAUCUUGUGGGAUCGAGGACUCUACCACUACACAGACCACACUGUCCGUGAUGGACGUCCUUCUCUGUGUCCUCGUUUCCUGGUUCACAUGAAGGCCUGUCCUGCAAACCUCAGAACCCCACAUCUCCUAUCCAGUAACCCCAGGCCACGUCCUCCUCGCCAGGAAUUGACCCAACAAAGACACACCCUUGGCGGCCUGAAGACGCAUUCAUGUGCAGACUCCAGGAGCCUGCAGCACUGCAGCACCACCAGAGGGAGGCGCUUAGCUGUUGUUGUUCCCUGUGUACCAGUGCCAGUCUCCCCCUCUCCCAGCAGAGCCUCCCCUGAGCUCUCAGUCUGUCCAAGUCCAACAUCCUCUACUGUCACCGACUCUGGGCAGCAGGGGACUGGAUACAACCCUGCUCCAUCAUCAGCCCUACCUCAUGUCCAUACUCAGAAAGGAGAGAAGGAAACAGAUGAUGGUGUUAAAGAGAUGGAUGAAGGCACUUCGGCUUCCUCAGGGGCCUUCCGCCCUCCAAGGCCAGACCAGGAGCCCAAUUCUGGUCCUGAGGACAUAGACCCCUCAGUUUCUCCAAUCCCUAGUGUCUGUGAGGGUUCUCUCUCAGACUUUAGCCGCCCACCAUCCAGCCAGUUCAGCCGAAGCACAGACCUGGGUAGUGGCCGGAGCAGUCCUCUGUGUGCGAAUCUGAGUGACCUGGACUCAGAGGGUGGCUCUCCUCUCUCCCAGCAUGGCUCCUCUUCCAUGUCCCUGUCUGCUCUGGCCUCCUGCACCCCACAUGACCCCCCAGCACACCAGCCCCCAAACCCAGCCCCUCACCACCCUCAACACCAUCCCCUCCCUCACCAGGCCCAACACUGCCCACCUGACUGGACCACCACGGAGCCCCAGCCAGGCCAUGUUCUCCCACCCUACCCAGACCCAUCCCUGGACCCCAACCCAGACCCUACUACCCUAGCUUUCCCAUCAGACACCUGGAAGUCCUGCCCCAGCCCACAACAGUGCAGGAUAACUACCCGACCAGGGUCAGGGUUAGGGUUAAGUUUGACCUCAUCUCCUGUGGUGGUGGAGAGGCAGGACUGGACAUCACACCGCUGGUCAGUCCUUCCCCCCAUCUCUCCUGUCAGAGGUGGCAGUGACACAGUGUCCUCCUGGUCCCGCUGUUCUCAGGUCAGCUCUAGCCAGUCCCAUGUGUUUGAUGAACUGGAGGCCAUCGCCCCGCGGACCGGCUCCUGUCUGUCCCUAGAUCAGCCACUCAGCCCAGCAGACUGCAGCCCACCUGGUACAGAGAUGUCCCCAGGCCUGGCUGCUCUGACAGUGGGCUGUGACUCAGGGGACCUGGGCUCCCUGUCCCGUGUGCAGCUCCUGCUCCUGGACCGGUCGGACCCUGUGGAGCCCCACUGGCUCGCUGGUCAGGACAUGUACUCCCCAACAGAGGACGGAACAACGGGCCACACAGCGGCGCUCCGAGCCAGAAGACCUCUUAGUCCAACGCGGUAUACUACAGGCGUCCUGCAGCCCCUCACAGCUGGCAGCUGUGGAGACGGCAGUGUGUCUGAGAGGUGUGUCGCCACAGGCAAAGUCCAGGGACGGGGUGAGCACACAAUGCAGUCCCACACCGAGGAUGGUUCCAGGUCACCAUCGUCAUGGAUCAGUGAUUCCAGUCCAUCAGGCACCAUAUCCGGGUCCACCAGUUCCCAAUGCGAGUCCUGCUGUGAUGGGGAGGAGUCCGAGGGAAGUGACCAAACCAGCCAGGCCCUUACCACCUUAAAUGACAGAGGCCCCAGCCCAGACCAGGGGUUCCAGUGAAGGAGGAACCUGGUUGCCCUGAUCGGGGGAGCGAGGCUGGGCUUCCACAGGGGUCAGGAGAAGGCCCGGGAGGCUGGAGCGCAGGAUGAGGGAGAAG